AUGAUUUUUCCAAAUCAGGGUACUAUUUUCUUUGCCAUGCCCGAUGGAAAUGGUCUACUGUACAGCCUGGUUGGGCUGGCAGAGUCUCCCAAGUCAACGGGCCGCAUCACCCGUGAGGUCGCUUGCAAAACUGAACACACUGAGUCGAUAAAAGUGGCCAACUGGCUUCCAAUAAGUCAACGCUUCGCAGUUUCCCGAGAAGUCAUCCGUCCCGAGAAGCCAGAUCCAAGUCUUAGGAUCCAGGGGCUGGACUACGUGGACGUUCCUGCUAAUGCACAUAAAGACUACAAACUGUACUUCUUUGCAUACAAAGAGGGUAACAUCCUUAUUAAAGUCACUUUCAUAAAUGAGGAUACUGGUGAAUACCAGUUCUACGAGCUGCAAUUUCGUACCUCUCGACCCACCACUCUUUCCACCAUCCGUCUUCAGACGUCUGUUCGUCGACCUGUCACUGAAUCAAUUCUACUAGAAAAUCCUCUCACAGGGCCUGUCACUUUCCAACUCAACUCCAGCUUGCCUGAGCUUCAGUGUCCGAAUCAACUGCACAUUCCAGCUCAGCGAGAGGGCUCAAUACACUUGGAAUUCCUUCCUUUACGUUCCGGUGACUUUACUGGCCGUCUAGAGGUCAGCUGUCCUGAGCUUGGACUCUACGCCUACCAACUGGCUCUGGUAGCGACUCCGGCCCCACCUGAACCAACACUGCCGUUCUCUUCUUGUAGCCUCGGCCAAUCUCAGCUUAAGCAUGUUCGUCUCGUCAAUCUUUCUCGCUCAAAGGCUGAACUCACAUGCAAAGUGGGUACCCAUACACCGAUGCGAUUCCCCAUAACCCUUGCUUCUUAA